AUGGCGUUCGGCACCAUUUACGAGCCCGCAGCUAUCUCGCGACUCGUAGACUCGAUUCGCUCAACGACUUCAAACAGCCCUUUCUCUGACAUCUCCGGCUAUUUUCGCGGCCUCUACCGCAAUGACAAGGUGAAUUGGGGUCAAGUUGUGUUCUUGACUACUUGUGUCGUCGCAAUGACUGGAUGUGGACUUAUUUCGUCGCUCGUGCGGCGCAAGUGGUCACGGUCGCCUCUUUCACAAAGGUCCUCUCGCAACGGCUCCAAGUCGUCUUCCAAGGGCCUCAGCUCUUCGGAGGAGGAUGACUAUGAAGAUGAGGACUAUGAUAGCAAUGCAUCUUUGCGCCAUGGUACCAACCCCAACUAUAAGCCCAAGGAGGACUGGCUUUCUGAGCCUCAAAAGCAGAGCUCGGAUGGUAAGUGGACAUCGGUUGUACUUGGAUCUCAUGACCUUGCUAACCUUGCGACAGCGCAUAAGACAGAUCCCGGCAUUCUCAAGAAAUUCACUACCUACAACUCCUAUACAACCUCUGUGGCUACGUACCCCGCCAUCCGCACUUUCUACAGCCCUCACCCCCAACUUGCUCGACUUCCUACCAAACCGACCCCUCUGCCUCUGAUUGUGGUUGUGCAUGGACUUGGCGGAUCUCUUGCACAAUUCCACCACCUUCUGACUAGUCUGUCAAACGUUGGAUCCUGCUUUGGUAUUGACUUACCAGGGUGUGGACUGUCCAAGUUCUCACCAACGGAAUGGGAUGCAUACUCCGUGGAAGCAUUGUCGGAACUAUUGGUCGAAGCAAUCGAUCAGCACCGGGACCGCGAGGCUGGUCAGGAGGUCAUUCUGGUAGGACACAGCCUGGGUGCUUCCUUGUGCGCCCUCUUGGCUUCCACUACUUCCUCAAUUGGCUCAAAGCUGAAGGACCACAUUAUCGGACUUGUUGCGAUAUGUCCACGGGCGUCACCCCCAUCUGCAGAAGAGACGUCCAAAUUCCGCAAACUUCUCUAUGUCCCUGGGGUUGUCUUUGACCUGUGGCGCCGCUGGGACCGACGUGGCGGAGAACAAAGCGCUAGUGUGAUGCGCAUGGUCGGUAGCAAUGCCGACACAGAGACCCGUGACCUUCAAAUUCGCUUCAACAAGCAGAGCCAGACCCCUGUUUGGCGAAGAAUGGCGUGGGGGACACUUCCCAACUACAACGAGAAAGGCGAUGCGAUUGGCGGAAUGCCUGGCGAACAGGUCUGGGCGGGGAUCCGCAUGCCAGUCCUGUUGAUCGCCGGAGAGGCGGAUGCCGUCACCAAACCAGUUGAAGUCCAGAAGCUUUUGAAAUUCUUUGGUGACGCUUCAGUCCACACUGCUAUCAACACCAGUGACAGCAGCAUCAUUCCAGACGCUUCUCGAAUUCAUGACCAUAUGUCAACCUCGGCUAGCGAUCUGGCCAAUGAAAAGGAGUAUGGGCUCCUGGCCUCUGAGAAAUUACUUGAAACCGGCCAGCGGAAGCGGGUGGUCAAAUCUGCAAUCCUACCGGCACCAGCAUCUCAUGCACUGCUCUAUGACCGGGCGACGUACCGCACACUUGCGGGAAUUGUGCAAGACUUCUUCUCGUCGAACAUUGACAAGCGUCUUGGUCUGGGCUGGCAAUUGCAGUGUAUGAACACUUCUGGAAAGUGGGAUGUCAAGAACCUUGCCAAGUGGAAGAAGGUUGCGCCAGUUUCAGAACCCAUUGCCAACACUUUCGCUGCGAUGAAGAUGCUGCGUGAGGUUGACGAGGAACACAAUCCUGUGACAUUCUCUGCAAAGUAUCACGAUCGCAUUCACGCCGUUAUCGACAUCAGUCAUGAAAGCCCGGUGUACAAUCCGGCUGAAAUGGAGAAGGGUGGGAUUCGCUAUUGCAAACAUCCUACCGUGUCCAAGAUUCCCCCGACUCCAGAUGAAACACGAGACUUCAUCGCUCUGGUCGGUAAACUUCAAGAGGAAAUUGACCAGAAGAUGGAGAAGCGUACGGACGAGGAGAAAUCAUUGCCUCGUCCAUUGGUUGGUGUUCACUGUCACUAUGGCUACAACCGGACUGGGUUCUUGAUCACCUGUUACUUGAUCGAGCAUCUUGGUUUCAAUGUGCAGGAUGCCAUUGACGAGUUCAAUCGAUGCCGGCCACCUGGUAUCCGACAUGGACAUUUCGUCGACACAUUGUUUGUAAGGUAUUGCGUUGGGCUGAAGAGAGCACCCACGCUGUAA